UGUUGCCAGGGCCCCUCGCCUUCUCUAAGUGUGACACUGCCACAGAGAACAGAGAGAAGCAGCAGAAUUUUAUUAAGCUUUUGAAGAGUGCGGAGUAGUGCCUUGAGAUCAGAACUUUCCCACAUUGCCUGUAUGGACACAUAGAAUCAGCGGCAGUGUCAGGAGCAAAUGGCCAGGUCAGGUGGAGUGCAGCAAGAAGAGUUGCAAAGGCUUCCUCAUGAAAGGUAGUGCCGAGUGCUGCUGUUGGGUCCUAACAACCCCAUUCUGUAGGGAUUGACAGAUGUAACAAUCCCAUUCAGGCUUGGGGAAGAGUGGAUAGAAUGUGUCCUGACAGAAAAGGAGGACCUGAGGGUUUUGUUUGACAGCCAGCUGAACACAAGCCAGCAGUGUGUCCCAUGGCCAAGAAGGCCAAUGGCAUCCUGACCUGCAUCAGAAACAGUGUGGCCAUCAGGACUAGGGAAGUGCUUGUCCUGCUUAAGCCCCAUUUUGAUGAUUUUGUGAAUCCUUCCUAUCACAUCACCCCAUGCCUUCUGCUCAGCGGCUGCAUCAGUCACUCCCUCACAGGGCUUCUGGUUAUUCUCUCCUUUUCCCCCUUCUUUAUAGUUUAAAGCCCUCCUCAGGAGGUCUGCCAUCCCCUCAGUAGGAACAUUUUUGCCAUGCUGUGUGAGACUGGGGCAGCGUAAGGCAGCCAGGGCUAGAAGCUUGUGGCUGCUGGUGUGACACACUCCUCCCCACUGCUCCCUACCCCAUGCUCACCUCUUCCUCCACCAAGGAAUCGUCAGGCCUGUGAGAAGCAGGAUUUACACUCAGUGGUAUGUUAUUUUUUAUCCUGUGCAUGACAGGAUUUGUUAGGUAAGGUUGAUUGUGGAUGUGAUGAUUUAACAUGGUCUUUUACAGCCUUAAUGAUUCUACAGUUCUGUGAUUUCCAUGCAUGUCACCAGCUGGGGAUGCAGGCUACUUGUCAAUGACUAUAGAAUCUCAUGAUACCAGCAGGCACACAGGUCCCUUCUGAUGAGUGGGUUGUUGGUCCACAGACCAGCUGAUGGAGACUGUGGUGUCCCUGCUGGUUCAGUAAGAUGUACUGGAGCUCGGGGGUGAAACCAGCAGGCGUCGUGUCCUGUCAUGGUGCAGCAUUGGUCAAGCUGCACAGUUUCAUGACUUAAGCCAAGACGAACCCAUGAUGUCUCUGCUUUGAGGACACCGCAAAUGGAGUUCCCUCUUGAAGAGCCUUUCCAUCCUUAGCCCUACCUUUGCCUAUGACACUUGGAGAGGCACCCCAGCAUGCCCUCUGCUUAGAAAGGGCUUGUGGGAUUUCUCCUUGAUGGUGCCUUGUGGGCCCUUCUGAGCUAGAUGCAAGUGCUGAAGGUGGUUCUGCUUAAGCCCCCUUUUGUGGAUGUUGUGAAGCCUCCCUGCCACAUCACCCCAUGCCUAGUCACUCUCUCACAGGGCUGCUGACUCCUCUCUCUCUCCACCAUAGUCCCUGAUCUAGAUCCCUACACCUGAAGUCCACCUAUCUGCAACAAACCCUUUGCUCUGCUUAAUGCCAUGGCUGUCUUCCUAUUUCCCACUCCCUGACAGUAAUGUCAGUGCUCAGGCUGUGAUGGGAGCAAGAGCUCCUGAGCACGGGAGCUUGCAGCUGCAGGAGGGCAGAGAUGAGGCUCUCACUGGUGGCUCCCGUGGGCACCGCAGGCAGCGAGCGGCCGAGCAGCUUUUCCGUGUGGCUCCGGAACGGCACUGCCGGGUCCCUCCUGCCGGGAUGCGCGGGGCUCGAGGCCGGGGCAGCGCCGGGAGGGCAGGGCCAGGAGGCUCCCUCCCUGCCUCCGGCUGCCGGGGCGCCGCGCUCCUCCGCUGCCCGCCGAGCUGCCCCGCGCCCCGCCCCGCGGCCGCCUCCUCCUCCGCCGAAGGGGCCGCGGCCCCGCGGGGGGCGGUGUGGGCCGGGCGUGGGCGGGCGGAGCGGUGGGCGCUGCCCCGGCGAGGGCCCGACUUGUGGUGCGGGCAGGAGCGGCCCGAGCUUGGCCCCGCUCUGCUGCUGUCCGCCUCCCGCCGGGCGCGGCAGGGCCCGAUGGCGGGCGGGCUGGGGCCGCGGCUGCUGGCCUUGGCCUUGGCCUUGGGGCCGGCAGGUGUUUGGGCUGAAUUGAAGCUGGUGGAGUCUGGUGGAGGUCUGCGAGCACCUGGAGACUCCGUGCAGCUCUCUUGCCAGGGAUCCGGAUUCAGAUUCCAAGAUUUUUCUGUCUGGUGGUACCGUCAGGCACUUGGUGGAAGCCUCGAAUGGGUGUCCUACAUUAACUUUGAUGUUAGAACAACAAAAUAUGGUAAAGCAGUGGAGGGCCGAGUCACAGCCUCCAAGGACAAUUCCCAGUCCAAAGCCUACCUGUCCCUGCGUGCCCUUCUACCCCAGGACUCAGCCCACUACUUCUGUGCAGUUCGCACAGGGACAGGAAACCCAGCUGCGCUUUAACAUAAACCUGCUCCCAGGGUCCCUUCCCUUUUCUACAUGUAUUGCUGCCACAGAGAACCGGGAGUAGCAGCAGAACCAUAUUCACAUGCUGAAGAGGGCAAAGAACUGCCUUCAGCUCAGCCCUUUCCCACUUUGCCCGUUGGGGCACAUGGGAUGAACAGCAGUGUCAGGAGCAAAUGGCCUGGUCAGGUGGAGUGCAGCAAGAAGAGUUGCAAAGGCUUCCUCAUGAGAGUAAGUGCCGAGCGCUGCUCUUGCGUCCUAACAACCCCGUUCUGUAGGAUUGAUGGACGUAACAAUCCCAUUCAGGCUUGGGGAAGAGUGGAUGGAAAAUGUCCUGACAGAAAAGGACCUGAGGAUUUUGUUUGACAGCCAGUUGAACAUGAGCCAGCAGUGUGCCCCUGUGGCAAGAAGGCCAAUGGCAUCCUGACCUGCAUCAGAAACAGUGUGGCCAUCAGGACUAGGGAAGUGCUUGUCCUGCUUAAGCCCCAUUUUGAUGAUUUUGUGAAUCCUCCCUAUCACAUCACCCCAUUCCUUUUGCUCAGCAGCUGCAUCAGUCACUCCCUCACAGGGCUUCUGGCUCCUCUCUCCCUCCACCGUAGUUCCUGCUCUACAGCCCUCCACUGGAGGUCCAGCUAUCGGCAACAAACACUUUGCUCCCCUUCA